AGCCGGCGAAGCUGAGCAGCCAGAGAGGGACAGUGUGUGAGGGUGCAGAGUCUGUGCUUGUGUGUGUGUGUGUCUGUGUGUGUGUUUGUGCACGUGUAUGCAUGUGUGUGGGUGCGUUUGUGUGUGAAACAGUGAGAGAGCGGAAGUGCAGGUGAAGCCAGGCAGUGUUUUAAAGUGGAUGGUACAUUGCACUGCUCUCUCUGCCUCUCGCUGGACUAUUCCACCAACUAGGACUCACCCCUCGGACUAUCCGGACGCUUCCUCCUCCUCUUGGGAACACCUGUGUGCAUGUGUGUGUGUGCAGAGGAGACAACAGACUUGGCCCUGCUGAUGGUCUCUGGCUGGGGGAGAAGGGGGGACUGCUGCUGACCAUGGACUUCCCUCACUAGUAAACGGGGGUGGCGUGGAGGAGCGGGUGUGUCCGGUCAUCAUGUGCACGCGAGCCAGUCCUGACCCCGUCCCUGAGUGCCAGCUGUUCCCGGGAGAGGUGGAGGGCCCUGAAGAGGAGGUGGCAGACGACGGCAGGGAGAGGGAAUCGGACAGAGACAGCGCUGUGGAGAGCACCCAAGGGUCGGACACCUCAGACGGGCUCAUCAGAGCGGGGGACAAGGAAGACGCACUCGGCGAUCUCUUUUUCCCGGGGGAGAAGUGUGGUCAGACCAGCGUCUCAGUGACCUCUGACCUAUCGACACGUUCCUCGGCUUCUCUGAACGAGGAGCAAUUUGAGGACUACGGGGAGGGGGAGGAGCCAGACUUCGCUCUCAGCAGCCCCUGUCCGGACGACGAGACUCGUACCAACGGAUACUCGGACCUCGGUUCAUCUGUUCCCUCGAGUGCAGGACAGACUCCUCGUAAGGUGCGUCAGCCUUACCCCGGCGAACUGAUGGAUGUCUAUUGCUCUCAGUGCAGCAAAAAGGUCAACCUCCUAAAUGACCUGGAGGCUCGCCUGAAGAACCUCAAGACUAACAGCCCCAACAGGAAAAUCUCCAGCACGGCGUUUGGAAGGCAGCUUCUCCACAACAGCAACUUAAGCAGCAGCAAUGGCAGCACGGAGGACCUGUUCCGAGACAGUAUCGACUCCUGUGACAUUGACAUCAAUGAGAAGGUGACUUCUCUGGAGAAGAAGGUAGCGGAGCUGGAAAAUGAGAUUCUGAUGAAUGGAGAUCUCAAGUCCAAGCUGAGGCAGGAGAACACACAACUAGUUCACAGGGUUAAUGAGCUGGAGGAGCAGCUGAAAGACACAGAGACACGAGCAGAUCAAAACCUGCAGGAGGGACUGAGGCGACAUCGAGAGGCCUACGGCAAGAUGGAGCGAGACAAGAACACACAGACAGAGCUGCUGAACAACCGAGUUAAGCAGCUGGAGGAGGAGAACUGCGAGAUGUCUCUUCACAUGUGCCGACUCAGGUCACAGACGGAGAAACUGGAUGAGGAGAAGCAAAGAAUGACGGACAAGUUGGAGGACACCAGUCUGCGCCUGAGGGACGAGAUGGACCUCUACAGGAAGAUGAUGGACAAACUGAAACAGAACAGACUCCAGUUCCAGAAAGAGAAGGACGCCAUGCAGGAGCUGAUAGAGGACCUGCGUCGAGAGCUGGAGCAUUUGCAGCUGUUCAAGCUGGAGACGGAGAGGCCUGGCCGCGGACGCACCUCCUCCACGAGUCUGGCCGACUUCAACUGCAGGACCAGGGAGGUGGAGCUGGAACACGAGGUCAAGAGACUCAAGCAGCCGUUUGCGUCCCAGGACUUUCCUCCCUCUGAAUUCCAGCACCUGGUGUUGUCCGGGGCUUGGUUCCAUCCUGGCCUGAUGGAGAACCAGAAGCUGAGGGAGCAGAACGAUGAUCUGAACGGUCAGAUCCUCAGCCUCAGUCUCUUUGAAGCAAAGAACCUGUUCGCCACUCAGACCAAGGCCCAGUCUCUGGCUGCAGAGAUAGACAAUGCCUCGAGAGACCAGCUGAUGGAAGCCCUGAAGGAGCAGGAGGAAAUCAACCUGCGCCUGCGACAGUACAUGGACAAAAUCAUCCUGUCCAUCCUGGACCACAACCCCUCCAUCCUGGAGAUAAAGAACUAGCAGUGACUCAACUGGAGUGAGACUCAUCCUGGAACUCGGGAGGGCGAGGAUCAUUCCAGUUGCUGCAUCAAGACCUGAUUCUGUACAGGAAAGCAGAGACAGGGCAGAGCCAGUCGGAAACUGGGACAUAUAAAUAGACAUGCAUCGCCCCCUGCUGUUUGUGGCUGGAAGGGGACUUCUUCCGCAGCGAAAGCUCAAAGCACUGGUUGCUCACUGACUUUUGAUCAUACUGCUGCGACUCUGCAGCUUGAACUUUGUUUAUGUACGUCCUUUGACCUGAAGACAAAACUGGAGAUCCUGCUUUCAGCGAUCACUGGACAUAAUGAACUCGGGAUUAGAAACUGGAUCGAUGUAUUAAACCUGAUGUGGGUUCUACUGUUUCCUGGUGUAGUGUUGGCUGAGGCAGUUUGGUACAGUGUAGAGAGAGACGUUUAGGACGGUACAGUGAGACAGACAAACAAAGUUGACAUGCAAGACUGCAAACCUGAGCGAGACAGACAUGAAGGCGGGUCAGUCCACUGCUGUCUUCUCUCCCCCUGUCAUGUCGGUGGUCUUUGAAAGGAUGUGAUUUGCUCGGACCAGCAGGUGUUGAAAGGAGGCUGAGGCAGAAGUGGUGAGAGAAAGAAAUGAGGAAUGCCUUGAUGUGAAGUUGAAAACGAUGAAUCAAGUAACAGUCGGAAGUCGGAUGAUGAUCCACGGAUCCUAUCACAGGAGGGUUUUUGUCUUUUGUGAAGUCAGUGAAUGUUUAUAGAAGGUGAAGUUGUUGGGGGGGUUUAUAUUCUUGAGACCACGUCUUCCAGGAACUUGAGACAGCACUUGCAGAGUCAAUCAGUCCAGUGGUGAACCUUUUUUUCACCAAGAAGUGGCCCUUAGGUUGGAUCAGGCGAGUAGCAGAGUGUCACUUUAUGAGGCUGCAACCGAGGAGUGUCUUUAAAUUGUGUACUUCCGUGGCUGCUGUGUGCCAGCAAGAGCAUGAGCUUGUAAGGAUUCUCUCCGUUGAUAGCAAUAGACCCAAUGAUUUUGCACAGAAAUGUUAUGAAAUGAAUGUAUAGGACGUACGGUGGAGUGGCGAGUAGCCAUUGUGACGUGGUUUACUCAUCUCUCUCUACUCAGUAAAAAUCAACUCAGAAACUGGAUGUGAGCGUCCAUCACCUUUUUGGUACAAAAGACUGGAUUAGUACAGUUUUUUUAUUCCCAACUUUAUUCAAGAACGUGGUCUUUAGUUUGACUGCAGGAUAUUUCAGAUUUCCUGCGCUCCCACUGCGUCUGUGCGCACAUGAAACGUCUGCUCCAUGAUUUCUUCUCUGCUCUUGGUUAUCUUUUCUUCUGCGGUUGGAUUAUUUUGUGCGAUAAGUCUUUCAAAAUUCCCCAACCAAUAGAAUGCUCGUCGUAGUGUUAAAAAUGAAAUUGUCCCGCCCCCACAUCGCUGGUGUGUUAGCUUUACUGCACAAGCAAAAUCUGAAUGUGCCACCAAUAAAUCCUGCUCUCAAACAGAAACACCACGCUGUCCAAUAAAGACGGGGGGGGGGGGGGGGGGGGGA